ACACAAUUUUUCAACCUCGCUCCUUAGAGAGUGUUUGUAUGUGUAACUAAUUCAUUCCGAAUUGUUGUGUAUCAGUAAGGAUGGUUAAUUCAUUUAUAGCAGUUUCAAUAAGCUUAUUUGUUCUGAACAAUAUCGUAGAAAAUGUGAAUGGCAUGAAGGUCGCUGUGUACUAUGAAGCCUUGUGUGGUGACAGCGUCGAUUUCAUUACUCAUCAGUUGUAUCCGCAUUUUAGUGAAUUGUCCGACUACAUAGAUCUGGAAUUGAUACCCUACGGAAAGGCAGUGCAUAAUUAUAAUAAUGGUAGCUACGAGUUUUCGUGUCAGCACGGCCCCUCAGAAUGUAAAGGAAACAAAUUACAGUCAUGUAUUCUGGCCCACAACGACGAUCAACUGAAACAAGUACAAUUCGUCAACUGUAUAAUGAGACGAAGGAGUCGAUCUUCUUCCUCGACUGUUAAGGGUUGUGCUAGACAAUACCACCUAGACGUCGAAAACUUUGACUCCUGUUCAAAAGGAUCCGAAGGCGACAGACUCUUAGCAGGAAUGGGAGAUAAAACGUUGGCUCUUGAUCCAUCUAUUUCUUUCGUUCCAACAAUCAUUUUCGAUGGGAAAUAUAACGAAGAUGUACAGAAUGAUUCCUUGGUGGACUUCGUUGCUGUUGUUUGUAGUAAAAUAGGUGGAACAAAACCCUCCAUCUGUGAAAAUAGACAUUUACCGAGAAGAUUGUGGAAUUAAUAAAAAACAGAGUUUAAUGUACUAAA